UGAGCAGAGUACCUCCAGAUGUACCCAUCUUUCAACUGGAGGUUGGUACGACAGUAGCAGUAAAUCGAAGUGUUGUCACCAUAGUGAUAGUCAGCUGGUCAAUUGGAUAAGAGGGGACCGAGGGACAUCAGAGCUGCAUCUUCAUCUCUGGGGAGUGAAAAUGGCUGGAAACAGUCUGGUUCUCCCCAUUGUCCUCUGGGGUCGGAAAGCUCCGACUCAUUGCAUUUCUACAGUGCUGGUAAUAGAUGAUUUAAGGACAGUGGUAACAGGAUGCCACGAUGGUCAAAUAUGCCUCUGGGACCUUUCAGCAGAACUGGAAAUUAAUCCUCGAGCCCUGCUGUUUGGACACACAGCCUCCAUUACCUGUUUAUCUAAAGCAUCUGCUACCAGUGAUAAACAGUAUAUAGUGAGCGCUUCAGAAAGCGGAGAGAUGUGUCUAUGGGAUGUAAGUGAUGGAAGAUGUGUAGAAUUCACUAAAUUAGCAUGUACUCACACUGGGAUACAGUUUUAUCAAUUCUCUGUUGGAAUCCAACGGGAAGGAAGGUUGCUGUGUCAUGGCCAUUACCCAGAAGUCCUUGUUGUUGAUGCCAGCAGCCUGGAAGUCCUUUACUCCUUAGUAUCUAAGAUCUCUCCUGAUUGGAUCAGCUCAAUGAGCAUAAUUCGAUCACACAGAACACAAGAAGAUACAGUUGUGGCAGUUUCAGUGACUGGGAUUCUUAAAGUGUGGAUUAUUACCGCAGAGGUUCACAGAAUGCAGGAUACAGAACCGGUGUUUGAAGAAGAGUCUAAACCUAUUUAUUGUCAGAACUGCCAAAGCAUUUCUUUCUGUACAUUUACACAAAGGUCACUAUUAGUCGUGUGUUCUAAAUAUUGGAGAGUGUUUGACGCAGGAGACUAUUCUCUAUUAUGCUCCGUACCAAAUGAUGAUGGGCAGACAUGGACUGGAGGGGACUUUAUUUCAGCAGAUAAAGUUAUCAUUUGGACAGAAGAUGGGCACAGCUUUAUUUAUAAACUACCAGCCAGCUGUAUUCCAGCUAGUGACGUCUUUCGCAUCGAUGUUGGCAAAGCAAUUGAAAAUUCUAUCCCCCCACUACUGUUUAGUGUCAUGCCAAAGGAAGACAAACAGCUCCUGAUCUGCCCUCCGGUCACAAGGUUUUUUUAUGGGCGCAGAGCAUCAUUCCAUAAACUUCUAAUCCAGGGAGAUUCUUCUGGGAGGCUCUGUAUCUGGAGUGUGCCAGACCCACUUGAACAGCUAGAGAACAAUGAGGGACUAAAAGUAACAACAUCUACCUCAUUGCAAGAUGCGUUUGACAAACUCUACCCACUUCCUGCUGGAAUAAUCGAUCAGCUGAGCAUCAUGCCAAACAGCACAGAACCACUGAAAGUGACAUCUAGCGUGUACAUCCCAUCUCACGGACGCUUAGUUUGUGGUCGUGAAGAUGGCAGCAUAAUUAUAGUUCCAGCCACUCAGACUGCUAUCGUCCAGCUCCUGCAGGGUGAACAUAUGCUAAGAAGAGGCUGGCCUCCACACAGAACUUUACGAGGCCAUCGUAACAAAGUCACAUGUUUGCUGUACCCCCACCAAGUCUCUUCACGCUAUGAUCAGCGAUACCUUUUGUCUGGCGGAGUCGAUUUUUCUGUGAUUAUGUGGGACAUUUUCUCUGGUGAAAUGAAACAUGUCUUCUAUGUUCAUGGUGGAGAAAUCACACAGCUUCUUGUUCCACCAGACAAUUGUAGUACAAGAGUACAGCAUUGUAUCUGUUCCGUUGCCAGCGAUCACUCGGUUGGCCUUCUGAGCUUGAGAGAAAGGAAAUGCAUCAUGCUGGCAUCUCGCCAUCUCUUUCCCAUUCAAGUUAUAAAGUGGAGACCAUCGGAUGAUUACCUAGUGGUUGGAUGUUCAGACGGCUCUGUCUAUGUCUGGCAGAUGGAUACCGGUGCACUAGAUCGUUGCGUGAUGGGGAUCACAGCUGUCGAGAUACUUAAUGCUUGUGAUGAAGCUGUGCCUGCAGCAGUGGAUGCACUCAGCCAUUCAGCAGUCAAUUUAAAACAAGCUAUGACCAGACGUAGUCUUGCUGCACUGAAAACCGUAGCACAUCAUAAACUCCAGACUCUUGCUACCAAUCUUCUGGCUUCAGAGGCAUCAGACAAAGGGAAUCUGCCUAUAUAUUCACAUAACUCCCUCAUGGUCCAAGCAAUAAAGACAAAUGUAACUGACUCGGACAUACAUCUGCUCUUCUUUGAUGUGGCUCUAAUUAUUCAGCUACUCACUGAAGAAGCCUCCAGGCCAAAUACUACACUUAUCUCCCCUGAGAGUUUACAGAAAUCAUCUGGCAGUUCGGACAAAGGAGGCUCUUUCAUGGCUGGGGUAAAUCGAGCAGCGGUGCUCUUUCAACAAGUGAAGGAAACAAUCAAAGAGAACAUUAAAGAACAUCUCCUUGACGAUGAUGAUGAAGAUGAAGAAACGAUGCGACAGAAGAGGGACGAAAGUGACCCAGAGUACCGUUCCAGCAAAACCAAACCAUUAACACUACUAGAAUACAAUCUAACUAUGGACACUGCCAAGCUCUUCAUGUCUUGUCUUCAUGCCUGGGUGAAUUCUGUAUUAGAUGAGGUUUGCCUUGAACGCGCUUGGGUAUGCUUUAAGCCUCACUGCCCUGUCUCUUUUGGCCUUCUCUCAAGAGGUGGACACAUGUCAUUGAUGCUUCCAGGAUUUAACCAGCCAGUUGCUAAAGCCUCAGAUCAAAAUGUAGGUGUAGGAAGAAAAAUGUCAAUUAGUGAAGGGCUUGGAAAGGGCACUUACGAGGGAGUGUCACGUGCUGUCACUACACAACAUCUCCUGUCACUUAUAUCCCUGGCAAAUACCUUGAUGAGCAUGACCAGUGCCACAUUUAUUGGAGACCAUAUGAAGAAAGCGCCACACAGGCCGCCUAAAUCUGGAUCUCCAGAAACAGUCAAAGGAAAAGGGACUCCUCCAAGUUCUGGAAGUGCAAUGCAAGGACAGAUCAAACAAGCUGUUGCUCCUGCUACCUCUCCUAGCACUGAAGCCGAUCACUCUGGUUCUGAUCGCACUUUACAUUCCUGUUUCUCAGUCAAUGAAGGGUGGAGCCAGUUGGCAGCCAUGCACUGUGUGAUGCUGCCUGAUCUAUUGGGACUUGAGAAGUUUAGGCCACCUCUUCUGGAAAUGCUUGCACGAAGGUGGCAGGAUCGCUGCUUGGAGGUACGAGAAGCCGCUCAAGCUCUGUUACUUGCAGAACUAAGAAGGAUUGGUCAAGGUGGUCGGAAAGAGGCAAUUGAUUUCUGGGCACCAUAUUUACCCCAAUACGUUGAUACUGUUAUGUCACCUGGUGUGACAGUGGAAUCUAUUCAGACUGGCAGCGCAAGUCCCGACUCAGCAGGGUCAGAGGCCAAAGUUCAGGAAGAAGAACAUGACCUUGUGGAUGAUGACAUCACCGCAGGCUGUCUUUCCAACGUUCCUCCUAUAAAAAAAGGAUCACCCUCUUAUGAAGAGAGACGCAAGCAAGCUACAGCUAUUGUUCUACUAGGGGUGAUUGGAGCAGAAUUUGGAGCAGAGAUCGAGCCUCCAAAAUUGUUGACAAGACCACGUAGCUCAAGCCAGAUUCCAGAAGGGUUUGGUUUAACCACCGGUGGCUCAAACUACUCCCUUGCCCGACAUACGUGCAAAGCGUUGACAUUUCUUCUGCUGCAACCUCCAAGCCCCAAACUGCCCCCGCACAGCACCAUUCGUAGAACAGCUAUUGAUUUGAUUGGACGAGGCUUUACAGUGUGGGAGCCAUAUAUGGAUGUCUCUGCCGUUCUGAUGGGCCUUCUUGAGCUCUGCGCGGACGCGGAAAAACAACUUGCUAACAUCACAAUCGGGCUGCCCCUGAGUCCAGCAGCUGACUCCGCCCGCUCUGCACGACACGCUCUCUCGCUCAUUGCCACGGCCAGACCACCCGCCUUCAUAACAACGAUUGCUAAGGAGGUGCACAGACAUACGGCACUAGCAGCAAACACGCAGUCUCAGCAAAAUAUCCACACUACCGCCCUGGCUCGCGCUAAAGCAGAAAUACUAAGAGUUGUAGAAAUACUUAUUGAGAAAAUGCCUUCUGAUGUUGUGGAACUCUUAGUGGAGGUAAUGGACAUAAUAUUGUACUGCCUUGAAGGUUCCUUACUGAAGAAGAAGGGAUUACAAGAGUGUUUUCCUUCAGUGUGCAGGUUCUACAUGGUCAGUUACUGUGAUCGGAGUCACCGAAUUGCAGUGGGAGCGCGCCAUGGCUCAGUGGCCUUGUACGACAUCAGGACGGGCAAAUGUCAGAAUAUCCAUGGACAUAAAGGAUCGAUAACUGCGGUUUCUUUUGCCCCGGAUGGACGCUAUCUCGCUACCUACUCAAAUGCAGACAGUCAUAUCUCCUUUUGGCAGAUGAACACUUCACUUCUAGGAAGUAUUGGAAUGUUGAACUCUGCACCCCAGCUACGCUGUAUUAAAACGUACCAGGUGCCGCCAGUUCAGCCUGCCUCUCCUGGUUCCCUCAACGCCCUGAAGCUUGUUCGACUCAUCUGGACAUCUAAUCGCAAUGUUAUCUUAAUGGCUCACGAUGGCAAAGAGCACCGGUUUGUGGUUUAGGCAUUGCGUUCAGAUUUUUUUUUUCUAUUGUUUUUCAUAUCAGUCAUCAGGGCAGAUCUCACUGUAUUUGUUGCUGCAUGAAUAUGAAUAUCCAUUGCAUCCUAUUUGUACCAGAUGUCGAACCAGAUAACAUCAUUUCCUCCACAUAUUUAUAAUAUAAUGAACAUAUUGUGGUUCCUAUCUUAAAGCUUUAAUAAUAAUAGAGGUGGUCUAAGUACUUGCCCCUGCUUUGCAUAAAUCUAAAAACUCUGGAUGGCAAUGUGUAUAUAUUCCCUUAUUUUGAUGAGUAAAUGUCAAGAUCUAAUAUAUAUGUGUAAGCAAAGUUUGUAAUGUUUUCACUUUCAAUUACAGUCAUAAACACUGAAAGUUGUGUUGUAUUUUUGGUAUUCCUUAAACUAUGGUUUACAUUUAAUAAUAUUGUAAGUUUUCCUUUAGUGGCGUUCCAUUUUCUAAGUUAGUAUCAUCUCAAAUAAAUAUGAGUACAGGCGUAUAACCCAAAUUGUUAAGAUGACAUGGUUUGUACAUUUAUAUUUUGAAUGCUCAUGUAUUUAUAUGUGUAAUAUUUGAUUUGUGCAUAGUUAGAAGUGAUCUCAUUGCAAUCUUUAUGCAUCAUUCCAACAUUAUUAAAAUAUUUUAUUCCAAUUGAGAACUGUCAUAAAAAUCUAAUUUUAUUCUGAAAACUGUAUAUAAAGUGUAAAUAACUAGUUCCUAAAUAUUCAGUAUGGAAGGGGUUUUAUGUGGAAUAACUUUUCAUUUUCUUUAUUUUACUACCUAAAAUGAUUACCAUGUUUGAUUUUAGAAUGGUCGAGGACUAAUUAGUUGGCCAAAGGAUCAGUGAAUCUGUAUUAAUUGUAUUCAUACACGAGACACAAUGUCAAUGAUCAUUCACGGUCUUCCAACAUAAGGUGCCUUAUGUCUAAAAUUUGUUAAGUAAAUAUGACUCCGUUUAUAUAUUCUGGCCACUUAAGGUGUACUUCAGAAUUUAUUUAAAAUUCCAACCUUAUUUAAGUAGCAUGUUAACCAAGGAUAGGCAAAGUGUCCAUACACGGACACUGGUGUCCGUGACUGGACCUUACAGUGUCCGCCACCCGUUUUGCGGCAGGGAGGUAGGAGUAGGACAGAUAAAUGCUGGUCCUGACUCCUCUUUGACGCAUGCAGUGCAAUGUAUUGUGGGGUUGGGGCCGUGCCCGCGUGACGCCGCUCAGUAGCGGGAAAGUGAGUGAGAAAGAGUUAAGUAGCAAGCUGCCUGCAGUACAGCCUGGGUCAAACACCCAUGAGUCUUGAACAGUGUUCCCUCUAAGGCCAGAUUUAUGAGCGGCCAAUGCAUGUUUAAACUCCUUCACUGUCUCUACCACUUCUGCUGGAUGGCUAUUCCACCAUGCAUCCAGUACCCUCUCGGUAAAGAAAGUGUUUUUUUUAUGUUUUUAAUUUGAAAUGUACCUUGGUGUCCUUCACUAAGGUCUGUAUUUUGAAAAAAUGUCCGUCACAGCCUCAGUCCAUGCCUAUCCCUGAUGUUAACAUGAAUUUAUAUGCAAGUUCUGCCACAGUAAAACAAUCCUGAAAAUUAAAUGGAGCUUCCUUAUUCACCUUAAAUAUCAUACAGUAUUAAUGUACAGGCAGUCCCCAGGUUAUGAACAAGAUAGGUUUUGUAGGUUUGUUCUUAAGUUGGAUUUGUAUGUAAGUUGGAACAGCUACUUUUUGUAGGUGAAACUCUAGCCAAACAUUUUUUUAGUUUUGGCUAGCAUAGGGAAAAGUUUGUUUUGCUAUCUGUGCCCCUGUUCAGAAAAUUUCACAUCACUUUCUGUCCUUGUGACAAUUGGAUUUUGAGUAUUUUGUGUUAUCCUGGAAAGAAGGAUUAGCAAUAAAGCUCUAUUUUCUCAGUUUGUAAGUACGAGUUGUACUUAAGUCGAUCGUCUGUAACCCGGGGACUGCCUGUACUGUAUAUUUUUUAUUCCAGUAUAAUGUGAUCCAAUCGGGUACGUCUGAAUAUAUCUAAAGUGAUACAUUCUGCUUUUUCAGAACUGUGGUGGAAACAUGAAACUCAAACUUAAAUCCAUUCAAAAUGUUUAAUAAUGCUAAGUAAAUAAUAUCUCUCAUUAUUAUUUAUUUGUCUGCUUUUCAUGUAAUUCGCCUAUGAAAAUUGGCUGUAGUGCAUGUCACAGACUUGUAGGUGUUUGACUCUGCAACACGCCAUAUCUGAUAAUUGAUUUGCUGUUAAUUGGUCACGUCAGUGGAGAUAAGAUAAACAUGCCGAUGCAUACUGUGCAUACAGAAAUAAUACUUUAAUGUCCUUUUAAGGACCUGUUUUUAUUAUCUAGAAGUGUGAACUGCUGCACAUUACUUGGGGAGUUAUAUAGCUAUCUCAAUCAGAAACUGCUACAGUAGAUAGAAAACUGUAGAAUAUAUGUGUUACACAUACAUAAUAUAUGCAGAACAUUUUUACCAUCAAUUAUUCUUUUUGCAAAAAUUAAAUGACUUAAAAAAAAGCAAUAAAUCUCAAAGUGAUCUGGAAAUUAAAAAAAUGUGCUUAAUGACAUAUAUAUAAGGUAUUGACAUGUAUCACUGACACUUAAAGGACACUCAAGUCCAAAUUAAACUUUCAUUAUUAAGAUAGUACACACACAUUUAAACAACUUUACAAUUCAGUUCCAUUAACUUAAUGUGCACAAUCUUUUUACAUGCACACUUUCUGAGGCAUCAGCUCCUCCUGAGCAUGUGCAGGAGGAGCUGAUGUGCUUUUUGUGAUUGGCUGAUGGCUGACACAUAAUGCAUUAAGAAGGGAAAUGUAACUAUUUUUGACAUUUGUCAGGAAAAAAAUCUACUACUCAUUUUGCAUUGUCUUUUUAUUAUGAAUUUGUUGAUUAUGUUAUUCUACUGUGUUAAGAGAUCCUUUAAACUGUUAUUGCACAAUACUGUGGAAUCUGCUGCAGAGCACCGAAUGCUAUUGCUAAAUUAAAUCAGCUACAAAUCAUUAUGAUCCCUUGAAUAAUUUAUAACAAACCAUUACACGCCCUUUGGUAAUAAAAUGAUUUCAAGAACAUGAUUGAAAAAAAAUGUUAUAUAAAUAUUCCAGGCUUUAAUGAACAUAAAACAAUUAGGUGCUUCUUUGGUAAAAUAUCUUUUAAUUUCCUUGUUGGAAGUUGAAUUCUAAAGUUCUUUCCAUUCUUUAGCUGUUAUUGGUUCAUUAAAUAUAUUAGAAUUGCAUAAUCAACAAAUGUAUAAUAAAAAAGAGAAUGAAAUAGUACUUAUGAGCAGUAGAUUUUGUUCUGAAAAAUGUUCAAUUCUCCUUCACCCCUGUAUCAUGUGACAGCCAUCACCCAAUCACAAAAUGCAUAUAUACGUAUAUACCGUGAAUCUUCCAUUUGGUCCAUAUUGUUUACACAUUUUUUUUCUUACAAGAUGGCUAAAAUAUUGAAGAAAUCUUGUUUAACAUAAUGAUUUUGUGCUCUUAUAAUUACAUCAGUGCUGAUGUCACACUUUCUUUUACUGUAAUCUCAUAUUUCACUGAAACUUCACAAAAUUUCAUAGUUAACUUCCUUAAACCAUGGGGUAUGGCUAAUGAGGAAAUUCUGAUUAAAAUAUCUUCCUUUUUUCCAUAGAGAUAUUCAGGUAAUAUUUUCUAGUCAGCUUUUUACAGCUUUGCUGCAUCACGUUUAAGUUCUUUUGAAUUUGGGUAUCCUGUCCUUUUAACCUCUAGAGGGAGCUUUGUAGCCACUCUAUGGUAAAUGAAGCAAAUGCAACCUGUAGUUGGAGCUUUAUAGCCGCUCUGUGGUAAAUGAAGCAAAUGCAACCUGUAGAGGGAGCAUUAUAGCCACUCUAUGGUAAAUGAAGCAAUUGCAACCUCUAGAGGGAGCUUUAUAGCCACGCUAUGGUAAAUGAAGCAAAUGCAACCUGUAGAGGGAGCUUUAUAGCCACUCUAUGGUAAAUGAAGCAAAUGCAACCUGUAGGGGAGCUUUAUAGCCACUCUAUGGUAAAUUAAGCAAAUAUAUCCUGUUGAGGGCGCUUUAUAGCCACUCUAUGGUAAAUUAAGCAAAAGCAACCUCUAGAGCAGGGGUUUUCCAACCUGUGGUACCGGUUGGGGUUACGCGAAAAUAUUGUUGGUAAUGGCGGAACCAUACAUGAUGGACUUACAUUUUAACAGUUACCUUUAAAUUCAUAACAAGUGAAAUUAUCUUUUAUCUGUCUGGGAUUCUAUCUACUGGUUUGUUUUGGGCUAGAGGUUAUGUAGGAGCGGGUGUGGCACACGUGGUUUGGACCGGGUUGACUCAUUGGGGGUUUUGGAGUCAGGUGAUAAGGAAAUGUGGAAGAGAGGAAGCAGAGUUACUGACGAAGACAGUCCUGGGACCAAGUACUUACUUGCAAAUCUGGUAAGAGUUUACCUUCACAAUGCACUCAACACCUGUACGUAGCCUCUCACACUGUCACCUGCAUAACGGUGACAUAGCCCACCGAGCGAUCUCCUCGCUGAAAGGUUCACCCGCGACCAAGUUUUGAAUACACUUCAGUUCCUCUUACAGACACAAAGACAGUGAUCCUAUUCUGCUUUGAGCUUGGUACACAUGCUUUGGGACUGACUACUUUUGAACGUGUAUUAAUAGGCCUAGCCCGCCUAGAUCAUUCUUUUUUAUGAGUGCCUUACAUGUCAUUAGGUUUAUUUGAGACGUUUGCUUAUUUAACUAACCUAAGAAAAAAAAAAAAAAACUACUUUUUUGAGGGAUGGGUGGGGGUAAUAAUGAGAAGGUGUACUAAUAAAUUAAAAGCCUAAUCAAGGGGUACGGGAGAGAAAAAAGGUUGGGAACUGCUGCUCCAGAGGGAGCUUUAUAGACACUCUAUGGUAAAUUAAGCAAAUACAGCCUGUAGAGGGAUCUUUAUAGACACUCUAUGGUAAAUUAAGCAAAUGCAGCCUGUAGAGGGAGCUUUAUAGCCACUCUAUGGUAAAUUAAGCAAAUACAGCCUGUAGAGGGAGCUUUAUAGACACUCUAUGGUAAAUUAAGCAAAUACAGCCUGUAGAGGGAGCUUUAUAGACACUCUAUGGUAAAUUAAGCAAAUACAGCCUGUAGAGGGAGCUUUAUAGCCACUCUAUGGUAAAUUAAGCAAAUACAGCCUGUAGAGGGAGCUUUAUAGCCACUCUAUGGUAAAUUAAGCAAAUACAGCCUGUAGAGGGAGCUUCAUAGACACUCUAUGGUAAAUUAAGCAAAUACAGCCUGUAGAGGGAGCCUUAUAGCCACUCUGUGAUAAACAAGAUAAUGAUGUAUAACUAGAAACAAACGGAGAGUGCAUUUGUCUUAAGAUUGGAGACUUCCAAACUGUGGGUACAGUAAAAGUGUUUGAAGGCAGAGCUGUAAGUGCCACCUGCUUUCACUCCGCACUGCCUGCUAUGUAUACCUCUAAAUGUUGUUUUUAUAGCAUUGCUACAUGAUUCUGGGCCUACUGUAGUAUGCUAGGUUUCACCCAAGGUAAAUUGGAAUUUUUUUAAUAUAUAUAUAUAUAUAUAUAUAUAUAUAUUUUGUACAUUCUGAAUCAUGAAAGUUUUAAUUUUGAUUUGUAUGUCCCAUAAAUGAAAUUCCCCUAUAGGGUAACAGAAGUUGUAGGAAUAUUUCUGAGAAAGUGAACACCCAGUGAAUCUCUAUCCCUCUGUAGUUGCACAUAAAGAACUAGUUCAGUGUUUAAGAUUUGUGAAAAAAACAUAUAUCCUAAUGUUCAUUAUUACAACGUGGAUACAUUUCUCUUUAAUUCCUCUCCAUAAAUAAAAUAAAAAAAGAUACCAAACCCCCCAGGAUAUCAGAUUCUGGUUUCACAACUGCUAUCACUUUUGAAUAUUGACAGUGAAACAUAUCCACACUACAUUACAGUUGUUUAACACACCUUUAUUUUGUUAUCUCUUAUGUACAGUAUAAUGUUGAUACACUUUAUAGUUUGUUAUCUUGAGUAUAUAAUGAGAGCAGAUUACGCUGUCUUCUGUAUUUAUCUAUAAGAAUGCACUAUGGUCACUUUCUUAUAUGUUUAUAUGUCUUAUUUGCUACAACUCUUACGCUCCUAUAUAAGCUACAUUAAAGGGACAGCCUACACGGUAUUAACAAGCAACUUAAUGUAAUUGUUGUACUGUGUACACCCCACACCAUCCAGUGCCACUUCAUGCAGAACAAAACUGUAUACAGUAUGCUAGGGAAACUUUCUUUGUUUGGCCGUUUUAAUAUGGCCGUCAAAGUUAAACUCCUCCUCCCUCCUUCUUGUGGGUUUGGUAGAAAUCGCUCCCUACAUGAGGCUCUCAGUCGGACACAUCACGCAUUGGCGAAACUACAGGCGUGCGUCAUCAAUUUUACAAGUGAGAGCCAGAUCAUUGGAUGCUGCUACACAAUAGACGGGCCCACGGAUUCUCUAGGAGGAGUUAUGCUGCCAUCUUAUAACAGCUAAAUAAGAAAGUAUUUUUUAAAAUACUAAAUUUCCUUUUACCUUGUAUGAAGUGGCACAGGAUGGUAUGGGGUGUCCGCAGUAUGGCAAUCACAAUAAGGUAUUUGUUAAUGCUGUGUAGUCUGUCCUUUAAAAUUGAAAAUACAUGGUUAAGGUUCUAUCAAAUGCAGGUAACCACCUUAUAUACUAACUAUGGCUCAUAAUUGCAUUCUUCAGGAUACUUCCCUAUAAGUUUCAGAGAAAUUUGUAAAACCCCUAUAUAAGCCAUUGGUAUUUACUGAUUGAGAAAUCUUAAACAGAGAUUUAUUAUUACAGCCAUUUUAAUAAAUGUGCACUAAUGUUACUUACCAGAUCGCAGUCUUUUAUUUUUAUUCAUACAACUAUUUUUUUACUGUCAAGAAAAGUGUAUUACAAGGACAGUAAGCAACUACAGAUUUUUAUAUAAAAUAUUUAUUUAAGCAUAGAAAGAUAACUUUGCAAUAUACUUUAUUUAUUUUGCCCCCUUUUCAUGUAACUAAGUCGAUUAGAUUCUUUAGAGCUGGAAAUGCACCCUGCAGACUUCUCGAGGUUAACCUUGUUACAUAUCUUCCACUAAUUGGCUUUAACAGAUAACAGACUGUAAAACAAUUCACUUUAUACUAGAAUAAUGACGACCGUGACUAGCCUUGUUGUCUGCAGACUCUAACUCAGAUUGGCUCCUCCAAAUAAGGCAAGUGAUGGGUGGAGUUUCACUAUUGAAAAACAGUUGCAGUAAAAAAAAAAUAACCCCUUAACAACAGACAACAUACAGGGUUUUUAAUCUAAGCAGUUUAGUGCGGGUCUCAACGAAUGCUUCUGGAGUGAGGCAAGCAGUAAUAAUGCAUCACGCCACUGAAAAAAAACCUUAAUGCUUCAUUAACGGUUAAUAAGUUUCAAAUUUGACUGAUAUUCUAUACAGGGGCGAAAUUACAGGGGGUGCAGAGGUCGCAAUUGCCCUUCUUAGAUUCUUGCACCUGGGCCCUGUGGUUUCUAGUUACGCCUUUGAUUCUAUAUUAAGAAAACAGAAAUGUACUGUAAUAACAUGGUGCUAAUAACAACUGCAAAACAAUGCAUUUUACAUGUUCAUUUAUUGUUGUUGUAAUUAUUCUUUAUUUAGAAAGCACCAACAUAUUCCGCAGCGCUGUCCAUGGGUACAAUUCAUUUAAAUAAAACAAUGAUGCAAAACUUGUAAGAGACAAGACAAAAUGUGACAAGUAAAUACAGGAUUAAUUGAGGGCCCUCUUCCUGUGGGAACUUACAGGCUAGUCUAUAACUAAUAAAAAAUAGUAGCAAGGACUGAGGCUGCUUCUUGUCUAAUUGUAUAAAAGAAACCAUUUUCCUAUAGUCUUGAAAACUGUCUAUAUAAGACAAUAUUUACAUUGAUUAUUAAAUAAAUGUUAAAGCUUAAAGGGACAGUAAACCUACAAAAUAAUGUUAUAUAUAAUUCUGCACAUAGUGCAGAAUUAUAUAACAUUAUCUUAGCGCCAACUUUAUCCAUCAAAGUAUUGCAGAGAUAUUUUAUUACAAAGUAAAAUUUUCCAGAUCGCCACUCCUGGCUCUACUAAGCAGGUCUUUUUUUUCCUAAGUGCAUCACGGGCACGCUGUCUAGUCACAGAGCGCCCGAUCGCGCCAUUAAACUGAAUGUAGCUCGCUCCUGAGCUGUACUAUGAGCUUUAACUACUUUGCAGAGGUUAAACACAUAAACUUGCAGGGUCACUAGUGUUAACAUUAUAUCAUUUUUGCUCUAUAAUGGCCCUUUUUAUACUUUAAGAAUACAAAAAGUUAUAUUAAUUAAAAAAAAGUAUCAGUAGGAUCUACAUGAAAAAUUAGAUAUAGUAUUCUAGCCAAGUAAUUAAAACUUUUGCUCAUUUUUUACAUUUUUUUAUAAUGAGUUUAUCUUCACAUAAAGGAUUAUGGUAAGAAAAACACAAAUAACUACUAACCCUGCCAUUCCACUGUAAAAAAUAUAAAUUAUUCUUUAUUUGACUCAACUUGUAAGUCAAGUCAUCCCAAGUCUGAACACCACAGGCAUUGCUAUGGGUAAAAUAUCAUUAUGAGUUUUGCUUUUUUCUUUCUUUUGUUGUUUUAUAUUUUCAUUGUACUUUAACAUUUAUUAGGAUAUAUGCUAGUGCAUGUAAGGCCGUGAACAGUAGCAUAAGAAACUGUGCACAUUAAACGUCUGCUACAAAUCUUAGAGCAUAAAUGAAUGGAACAGGAACCCUCAGUUAGAAUCAAGUUUUUCAUGUCUGCAAACUCAGAUAAAGUCCAUUGGUCAUAUAUUUUUUUUUUUAUAUUUGAAAUUCCUAACGGUCGAAAACAUAGUAGAAGACUGAUAGGCUGGAUUCUAUUGAGACUACUCACAGUCACAAUGGCUGCCUACUGACCUGUUCUUGACAUAGGGGAAUUGACACCUUUAUAAAAGUAUGAAAUAUCAAAAUAGGAUUAUUAACAGAUCCAUUGGGGAUAUUCAACAUUAAUAGUUAUUUCAUCCCAAAACAAACAAGGUUCUUUAGGAAGUGGAAAUCCACACCAGUCAGACUAUAUUUCUUCUUCCAACAUAGAAACUAGAUUCUCAAAACAUGAGAAAAAUUAUCUAAAAUCACUGAACAUGUUGGAAACAAAGUCUUGAAGAAAAUCUUUAUUGCAAAGUACUUGAUAACAUAUAUGACCCCCUUGGAACAGUGUGCUUUACAAAAAGCCAGUUGCAUGUUUUGUUGAGAUACGGUAAAAAUUAGUACAACUUAAAGUAGGGUUGUCCCCUGGAUGAAACACACUGACAGUUUUUACAGACAAAAUCAGCCAGUCAUACCAAUAUUCAAUUCAAUAUCAGCCAAUUUAUUGUUCUCCCUACUUAAAGCUUUACAGUGUAAUAUGGACUGUCCCAGUUUAUAAUAUGUUAUGUUAAUUAAAAGAAGCUUGUCUGGAGAGUAAGUAUAAGGCCAGAAAUAUUAAUAUUGUGCUCUUCUUGGACAACAGACAAAUAAGUAUUCAUUCAAUUCCAGAAACAGCUUAGAAUUCUUACAUGAUGAUGUUCUGCCUUGAUGGUUGCAGUAUCAGGGUUCUGAGCAUUAUCAGGGAUCAAUUAGCUGGAUUGUCUAUUUUCAAAGCAGUUCCUAAGACCUAUUGUGAUGAACAGAUUGCCGUCUAAGAAGUCACUACUUUCUUCAGGAGUGGACAUUCCUUUUUAUUACCAGUAAAAAAAAAUAGUUCUCUGGAAACAGAACUCUAUUUCUUCUUCAGUCAUUUCAGCUAAUUUUAUAUUGUGACCAGGUUCAGAGUUCCUACCUUAAGCAGUUGUUAUUAUAUCAACCUUGGGGUAAGAAAUGACUUAAAUACAAAGCCUAAUUGGUUUUUUUUGGUAAAUGGCCUGAACAUCGGUGUUCCAUGAGUUUGUUUGAAAUUGUCUCUCAUAUCCGAGUGUAAUUCGCUAAACGUUUCCGCCCUACAGAUAUUACUGUUUUUUUCUUGCCAGUUGAAAGGUGGAGAGCUUUUAUUAAAAUACUCAAAACACUAAUUACUUUGAAAGAAAAACCUUUACAUAUGAAAAUAAACACAAUGUUAUAGUACAGUGCACUGAAAACAACAUAUUUUUGUAUUAGGUGUAAAAUUCAAGUUUAAACAUUACGUUGUUUUCUCCCUGUGUACUUCGUCCUCCAUUGUGAAUUUUGACAUAGCAGAGAGCUCUCAUUAUUUCUGUCGGAGACAGCUCGCCACUCGCGAGUCCAUUUUCUUUGAUAAUUGCACCAAGACUGUCCUGUGAGGCUAAACUUGGUUUAUCGUGAUUUUGGUGGUGAAUUUUAGAUAAUCGGGCCCUUAGUUCUAUUUUGGAAAUAAAACAGCAUUUUUCAAAUAUUUUAUGUUGUAAGUUUUAUAAAUACCUGAAUUGCUUCAAGAGAUGUUGAUAUUAGUAAGAUCAGUUGCAAGACCCACAAGCAGAUUCUGCAGAGCUAAGGACACAUUUGACUUAGGUCAUCUGUACUUCAUAGACGAUUGAUUCAAAAGCUCUGGACAAUGCAAUAUGAUACAGUACGUUGGAAAGCUUCUCAAAAGUUUUUCCACAAAUUCUAUUUUAAAGUCUAUUAAAAUGUCUAAAGGCAAAUAAUUUGAUAAGUAUUUUAUUUUAACUAAAAUAGAAUAUAUCCUAUUUUGUGCAAGGAAGCUAAGUGUAGUUAAAUGAAUACUUAAAGUGUCACAGUACUGUAAAAUUAAGUAAUUGAGUAUGAGAAAUUACUCCUAUAUAUUUGUAAAAGCUGUUUUUUCUAUUGAAACCUAAACCAAUUGUUCUCAAGAAGAUACCCAUUUAAAUGGGCUGAAACUACAGGCAGAUCAGACCCUUUUAUCUUAUUCACUCACCCCCUACCCCCCCUUCAAAAAAGUAGUUGGUGAUUUCAACAUGCAAACACAGCAACUUAUAAAGGUAAAUAAUCCAUUUGUAAACUGUUUAAUACACUUCGGCAGGUCAAAUAGAUUUUUGGGAGCACAUUAUAGGGAGAAAAAGUCACAGUCCUUUUGAUGAGACAUUACAGCAGGUAGACAAGCCAGAGUAGAGAGGAUUUUUAUAUGUUCCCGUGCAUCAGCUGCAUGUUUUUUUGUUUUGGUUUUUCAUAGGAAAUAAGCAAAUAAAAUGAAUUCAAUGCAUAAGAAAAUGUUUUCUUCAUUAAAAUAAUACAACUCUUUCAAGUAAUUUUUUUUCCAUAUUAAAUGUUGAUAAUUAAAUUCCAUAGAUACACUGAAUUUUUAACAAAGCCUGCGAUUGCGGUUGUUUUGAAUUAUAAUAUAACAAAGUAUAACUGAACAACAAAUUAUAUCGGUUGGACUUUAUCACAUUCGCUUACAUUACCUACAAAUUUGAAGAACGUAACUCCCCAAGGGCCUUAAAAAAAUCAUGAAAUUGAUUAAUUGUUAGUAACAAUAGGGUUAUAUGUUUUGGAAAGAUACUUCAUAUUUUGUACCCAAACUUCACCCUAGUGUAACACUUUCUGUACUGCAGUUAUAUUGUGUUGUCGUUACCUUGUAAGAUGUUGGUUGUUUUAUUGAUUUUGUGAUGUAUCUGCUAUUGUAAAUGUAGAAAAUCUUAUUGCUUUGAUGUUAGGUAAGAUUAAUCGUAUGAUUAAAUACCUGAAACAAAUGAAAGCUUUAUGUCAUGUAUUGUAAAUUGCUAAGCUAUCUUAUGUAUAAGAAAAUAUAAACACUCAAAACACCUGUAAAAUCCUUGUGUACAUAUCUGUGUGAAAUAAAAAUAUUGAAACUA